AUGGCGGCGAUCUACGAGGCCGAGGCGACGGGCGACCUCGAGCAGGUCCUCCACCGCUUCUUCGCGUUGCCAUUCGCGCCGAGGUCUGGGCUGCGGGAAGGGAAGGAAGCGGAGGUGGAGGCUCUGUGUGGGGCCUCGAUAGAUGUGAUAACCGCCGCCACGGCGGUACUGCCGCUCGUCUUUCGCGCCGCGAACACCCUCCUGCGGGUGUACGCGCAGCAGGGCGACCUUGGCGGAGGGGGGGUUGCCGGGAAUAUUGGAAUCCCGAGCGCCGUUGGGCGGCAUUUCCCCGCCGCGACGGACGCCCCUGCGGCCUCGACCAACUCCCAGAAAGCAUAUCAGAUGGUGCAGGCGAUGAGGCUCGUGGUGGAGUGGGUGCGGCGUUGUGGAAGCCACUCGUCGAAUGGGGCGAUGGUUUACGGGGCGUGCACGAAGGAGAUCAUGGAUUUUGAACAGCGAUAUUUGACGUAG